AUGGGUGGGUUCGGCGGCGGCGGCAAAGGGGGUAAAGGCGGCGGAGCCUUCAUCCCUGGAGGCGGCGGCGGCAAGGAGAACGUUUUCAGAGGGAAAGGAGGUGGUGGCGGUGGAGGUGCGGGGGGAGGAGGCAAGGCGUCUCCCCCUCCCAAGCGUGAGCUCACGGCCGAGGAGAAGUCUUUGUGGCUCAAUCUCUCGGAGGAGCAGUUCGCGCUUGCCUCGCAGUCCAUCCCACGACACCAGAGGGAUUCACUCAUGCACCAGCGCGCGCUCCAGAACUAUGGCCUAUCUGGGGCCAAGGCGGAGGCCGCGCAGAUCAACACGCUCAUUGGGAAGUACAGCCAGCAGAUGGUGCACCUCAAGCAGAAGGUGGCGCGCAUGCAGUCGAAGGCCGAGGAGGCGGUCAAGGCCGCCAUCGUGGCGCAGGAGGAGCUGGACACCGUCCAGAAGCAGCUCGAGGACGCGAAGGCCCGCGGGCUCUCGCUGGGCGCGCAGGGCGGUGCGGGCGAAGGGCGGGCGGCGCCGCCAGUGUCUCUCGCCCAGCCCCUGCAGCAGGCGCUCGACGCCUUCGUCGGAGCCCUCCCCGAGGGGGAGGCGGGCGAGGGAUUGCGCAAGGCCUUCGACACGAUGCGCGAGACGCUGGAGGCGGCGGUGGCAGCGGCGGAGGCGAAGGUGCCCUCUGCCGCGGCCGCCGCCACAGCCGCAGGCAGUGGAGGGCACGCAACGGACAUCGAGAUCGACGAGGACCAGCAGGACGAACACAUGGAGGGAGUCGGCAACGCCCUCGCCCGAGUGGGAGAUGGACUACGUUCGGAGUUCCACGGCGAUGAACGGGCGCAGCAGUGUGUCUCUUCCGUGCUGGACAAAGUCAAAGAGCAGAUGGAGAAGGAGAGAGAGGAGGCUGGCAAGAGGGGCAACCGCAGCAGCGGGGACGGUGUAGGUGCCGAGGGCCGUCGCAUUCUUUUCCAGGUUGGGGAGUUUCUGUUCUCCAUGGGAAAGCCGUUCGUCAUUGGCGGCGACUUCAACGCUCUGGAAUCUGAGGUGAGAGGCUCUGGUUUACUUGAGAAAAUCGACGGGGUCAUAAUUCUGACUGGCAAGCCUACGUGCAGAGUGGGCAAGGAUUGGCGUGAGAUUGACUUCUUCAUUGUGUCGGCGAGCUUAGUGCCCUGUGUUUGGCGCUGCGAUCGAUUGGAAGGGUCCGAGUUGUCCACCCACUACCCCAUCAGAAUGUCGAUCAGGACUAGCACUCAUCUGGGUCAGAUCAGAUAUUUGUGGACACCCAAGAGGUUCCCUGAUCUUCCGAUCGGCCCAGCGCCAGCCCCACCAGGAUGGUGGGAAGGCAUCCAGAUUCAGGUUGAGCAGUUGGUUCGUGAACCAGCAGUCACGCAAGCUCAGGUCUCGCAGGCUUAUGCAUCAUUUUGUCAGGCAGCCGAGCUAGAGCUCGCGGACACGCACCAGCUGGAGCUGUCGGGCUCCAAGGGGAACUUUUUCGGCAGAGGCGACAAGUUUAAGUACGUGUAUAAGCCAGCCAUUGUCAAGGUUGGCGGGCCACAUCCUCUCGGGUCGCCAGUGUCUAGAGCGAUGCGGAAGUUCCACACACGCCUUGAAGAGUUGGGGCACCUCAAGCGUAAGGGAUACGACGACGAUGACAUGCAGGUAUGUGAAAUCAACCGAAAGCUCCAGAAGGCUCCCGAGGUACUCUGGCACGCUUCUGGCUGGCGGGAGUGGCGUGCAUGUCAUUUUAGUUUCAGAGGAUACGAGGCGGACUCUAUCAGGGACGCCUUGUUCGAUUUGAGCAAGCUGAUCCAGUCUGAGGAGGCUUCUUGGGUCAGGCUGCGUCAAAAGAAGUGGAGAUCUUGGGCUUCAGAGGCGGUGUCAAACGGGGGGAGUAUGGUUCACAGGUGGGUGAAGGUCCCGAAUGAAUGGAUCCCAGAUGAGCCAGGCCCUGACGGAACCCCAGGAGGAGCGAUGGACCAGAUAGAGGCCCUCGAAAGUGAAUGGAAGGGUAUUUGGAGGUAUGGUGACCUGAAGGAGCCAGAGGCCGAGUUUCUGCAGUCGUUACCCAUGGAUGACCCUCCAGAGCCACCAGAGCCCCAGGUGGGCGAGGCCCUGUCCCUCCCUUUCGCAGUCAACAGCAGCAUAGUCGCGGGGUGUUCGUUCGCGACGACGUUGUUGAAGAUAGUGCUUAAAGAUGUUUGUGACGAGUUUAUGUCGAGAUGGCCCCGUCUUGGGCUGGCGCUCAUGGUCGACGAUUCCACCAUCCAAGCGUUGGGGUCAGAGCGUUUCGUGAAGAAAGCACUGGUGUCGGGAACGUUGCAGUUUUGUCGGGGUUUGGAGGCCUUGGAGAUGAAGGUGUCCAGGAAGAAAUGUAUUCUAGUGGCAUCCGACAUCAAAGUGGGCCGUUCUCUGCAGCAUAGUUUGAGAGAGUUCAGUUUCAAGUAUGUGCCCGCGGCCAAGAACCUGGGCGUAGACUUUAAGUUGGCCUUCAACAAGGGCAGGCAGGCAAUAUUUUUGCAGUGGUCAUCGGAGGCACAGAUGCAGACGGCCUUUGACAAGGCCAAGAGAGAUGCUGCUCGAGGCUGGAGUGGAGUCAUAGGCCCAGCUGGAGCGGUGGUACAGACGCUGAAUAGGCUGGGCUGGACAGGGACCUCCUGGUGUAGUUGGGUCGCUUCGUCGGGGCUCCGUCUGGACUUACGCGAGUUGGGUCCUCGUACGGUCAAGGCCCUCGUAGACGACACCACCGAGCAGCUCAGUUUAAAGAAGGUUAGCGAGUUUUACGACCUGUCUUGGGAGCCUUUCCUGGAACCGAUCAGAGGCGUUAUCGCAGAGCAGAGAAAGAGAGGGGACCAUCUUGGGAUCAGCCUACUUAUUGCUCAGGUUUCUGGAGGCCUCUGGACGCAGAAAGAUCUGUUCAAGCAGCGAUACAGCUUGGACCCGUUUUGCAGAUGGUGCAAGGCCCGUGAAGGGUCUGUGCACCACAGGUUAUGGGGCUGUGACGGCUCCUGGCUUUUACGGCGUGAUCUCGACCCAGGGGGACGCUUGCUGCAGCAAGGGAUCAACGCCCAGGCAGAUCUUAGAUGGACGAGAGCUUUGGUGCCCAGCGACCGCGAGUCCAUCCCGAAGAUUUUGCAUGGAGCCGAAUUUAAGUGGGCCCAUCCUCCUCACCGUGAUGGAACCCUGGGGCCAUAUGUGUGUGUUGAUGGUUCAGGGUACGACAAUGACUACCGAUGGUUGGUAAGAGCAGGAUGGGCAGUAGCAUCAGUUUCUUCUAUGCUGGAGGUGGAGGCCAUUGCGUGCGGGCCGUCACCGCUUCCAGUGCAGGACGUUCCCAGUGCAGAGCUUUUCGCCUUUUUUAUGGCCCUGUCGCUCAUGGGCCCCACCAUCACGAUUUGUACGGACUGUCAGAUGGUCGUCGAGGGGUGGGAGGCUGGGGAGGCAGGCACUACUCACCCAAAUAAGGCGUAUGCGGAGCUCUGGAGACAGAUCUGGAGGAGGGUCGUCGAUGUCGGGAGAGAGAACGUCCAGGUAGUCAAGAUUGCUGCGCACCAGUCGCGGCGUGCGGCAUUCAACCAUGGAGUACCGCCUCAUUUUUUCCAUGGGAACAGGCUCGCAGACGAGUGGGCCAAGAAGGGUGCCAAGGCGCACCCGAUGAAUUUCCACGUCCGUGACAGGAUCAGAUUCCAUCAUGAUCAAGUGACCCUGGUGGCCAGGUUCCUGACUGAGGUGUUGAAGCAUGUGCACAAGUUAGGGUACCCAGACGUGGAGGCCAUCAAGGAGCUCUUGUGGUGCUCGGCGUGCGGCGUGUACGCCCAGCAGCAGGUCAAAGACCUAGCUGAGAGGUGUGCGGCACGCACUGUCGGUGAAUGGAAGAAGAGGUCACUGCGCCUCUUGAAGCAGGGCAAGAAUCCGUCCGCGCCGAAGGCGGAGGCGGUCGUGCCCGUGCCCCUCCAUCGGUGA